AGGAUUCAAUGAGUAUCUGGUGCAGAGAACCACUGUGGCCACUGAAUGAUGCAUGUUGCCGUCCACUAUGCAGCUUAUUGUGACACUGAGCUGGAUGUAGGACGAUCUUACAUGCAACAGCGUUGAAUAACGACUAGAUUGCUAAGGUUGUAGCCUAGCUGACGGGAUGUUGGCCCAGUUUUCAACCUUCCAGAGCCAGGCAGCAGGUUAUUAUCGAUACAUGCAUUGGCUUCUCUUAGUGAAUCCCCGUUGAGGGAUCUGUCAAUGCAGCGGGAUGUCCCUGCUUAUCUUUUGCCUGCUGUCGUUGCACGUCCCAUCCUUAUAUUUUCUCUCAUCUCCUGAUGCAUCUGACGACCCUGAUUCCAAAUGCAUAACGGUUGAGGCUGCACCAGCUGGAGUGCCCCCACACACAAAUGAGACUCAAAUUGUUGCCAAGGAGGUCAUUCUGUGCGCAGGAGCGAUCAGCACGCUGCAGAUACUGAUGGUGUCCGGGACUGGACCCGACGACGUGCUGCUGAGGGCGGAAAUCCCCCGCCUAGUCCUCGACGCAGAAGGCUUCGGCAUACACGUUGGAAGGAACCUAACCGAUGUUUAUACACCAAAAAUCUAGCUAACUAUUUUUUUUACCAACCGUCAUUCAGCAUCUCAUGGUUUCUGCCAUUUCCCGCCCUAAGGACCCAGUUGAUUAUCUCGAUCAUUCAAACCUUAUGUGCUGCUGUAUCUUCUUCAACAUGCCCUUUUGGCCCAGGUCCAUUUUUUUC